AUAGUCACUUUACAAAACUUGAAGCCUGUCAAAAUGAAUGCAUUGGACGUAUUUUUGGUGGUUCUGCUAGAUCAUCAACUAAAGUAAUGCUGCACCUUAUUCGAUCAAUGCAAAUACCGGACGAUACAUUACUGAACAAACUUCUACCUCAUCUUCAAAUGUCCAACAACCAUUCUCAAUGGUAUAAACUAACAAACAGUCAGCCCACUCUGGAAAGAAUGUGCCUCUAUCUUGGACGAACUUGAUAAAAAGGUUUUCAAACGACUCUGUCUGCGUUUUAAAAAACUCAAUAGCAUCACCUCUAUCAGGGUUUAAAUUCCAAGCUUUUUCGUGCAUGUCGUCCUAAUAUGUUCAUCGAUCCAAUCCUUUGGCUACCUGGUGGUAUACCUCGUCUAUAUCCCUACCAUCCUUCUCAAAUCUUCAGUCGUACUCAUUCUAUUGAGUGUCUACAUAUGCACCAUCGACUCCAAAUGCCAAGAAUGCUAAACCAACUACCUACUAAAAAAGCUAAAAUGCUCACAGGAUGUGGCUCCUUCUCUAUCAUGAAAAGGCGACCUCCAGAUCCUCCCUCAGAACCCAGUGCACUACUGGUGAGACAGUUACUCAACUGAAAAAGUGCUAACAUCCUUGUACUGUCUCUGAAUAUUAUCUUACUGACCUUUUUUUUUCCCAAUUACUUUAUUUCUCUCUAACUCAUUAUAUUUAUUUUAUCUUUUACACAUAUACUUUUAUCCUUU